AUUUCUUCCCAAAUUAAACCUUCUUGGGGGACGAGAGAGAGAGAGAGAGGAGUAGCGACGGCUUGAGGAGGGGAGACGAGACGCAGCUCUGAGGUCUGGAGGAGAAGGUUGAAGGUUGAAGCACUGUUUGAGGAGGGAGGAAGAAGAGCUUUUUCAUCCAGUUAGACAACCUUGAUCAUCAAACAUCAAAGAGAGAUAAUCUUUGUGGAAUUCUAUAAGAUGGUGUGUGUUAGUUGAGCUGAAGCAUUUACUGUGAAGAAGUGUAGUAUAUUGUUAAGAACGUUAAGCAAGCAAUAGCCAAAAUGACUACUACAGAACAAAGUGCUGUCAACAAAACAUGGGAGCUCUCUCUCUAUGAGCUCCACAGAACUCCACAAGAGGCCAUCACUGAUAGUACAGAAAUUGCAGUAUCUCCACGCUCUCUCCACUCAGAGCUCAUGUGUCCUAUCUGCUUGGACAUGUUGAAAAACACUAUGACCACGAAGGAGUGCCUACAUCGAUUCUGCCAGGAAUGCAUCAUCACAGCACUGAGAUCAGGCAACAAAGAAUGUCCAACAUGUCGCAAAAAGCUUGUGUCUAAAAGGUCACUUCGUCCAGACCCAAACUUCGACACCCUCAUAUCAAAAAUCUACCCCAGCCGUGAUGAGUACGAGCAGCACCAAGAGAGAGUGUUUGCAAAGCUGAACAAGAACCACAAUCAUGCUUCCUUAAUUACUUCCAUAGAGGAGGGCAUCAGGCUGCAGAUUCAAAGCCGACAGAAGAACAGAAAAUCCAUGCAGGAGGAGGGGACCACUCCUACCCCCACCCCGUCAGCACCCUCCACCCCUACCCCCAGUGAACCCAACACACCAACCACCACAAACACCAGCGCUGCAACCACAGCCAAUCCCAACAACUCCACCAAUGCUACAAAUUCAUCAGCUCUAGGGCCUAGGGUAAAGAAGCCUCGAAGAACCUCAGAGAAUGAAUCAGGUGCAGGGUCCAGUAACGACGGCAAUCCCGGUGAAGAGAUCGAGGGACCUAUAGAAUCAGGGGAGAUCGAGCUGGUGUUCAGACCUCAUCCACUGGAGAUGAAUGAGGACAACGAAUUGAUACGGGAAUUGAAGGAUUCAUCCAUACGUUACAUUAAGACAACAGCGAAUGCUACAAUUGACCACCUCUCCAAGUACCUGGCUAUGCGGCUUACCCUAGCAAACAGGACCGGAGAGCUAGAGACAGAGCUCCCAUCUUCCCUCAACAACUUCUGUAUCUACAUUGCUCCAACUCCAGACCAAUAUAUCGGUGUUGGUGGCUCACUCACACUAGAACAAAUCAAUGAAAAAUAUUGGAGAGUAAAUAAACCCAUGGAAAUGUUCUACUCUUGGAAGAAAAAUUAAAAUGCAUGUUUACAACCAGUAAGAAAAAAUCAUAUGCAAGAGAACAUCAGCCAAAUGUUUGGGUCUUAAGGAAAGUUGCACAGUCUAAAACAAAUACAAUGUGUUGGUUUCUGAAAAGCUUUUAAUGGAUUGCAAGAUGAACUUCAGGUUUUUGUGGCAUACCUCUUAAAUGCAGUAAUCAGGAUACCUGUGUUUCUAGAAAAGACUUAAAUUAUGUUCAUGGAUUUACUGGUAAAUUCUUACCUUCACCAGAACAAGUAGUAGUGUGGGAUCAGAUAUAGUUAUUUCAGUAUCGCGUAAAAUCAUGUGGUUAAUUAGUGCUACAAAAAUGUAAAAUUUCAUACACCACUUUUUGGUGGCUAACAAAAUUCGUAAUCCAAAGAAGCAAAGAAGAAGGGUAGACAAGACCAAGUCACGGUAAAUAUCUCUCACACUCUGUGGACUGCAGCUUUAAUCUAGAACAUUUUUACACAUUUUAUGAAGAACACAGGUGUUAAUUUUAUUGUGCCUAUGACAGAGUACACUAUGAAUUCUGAUUUCAACCCUAGACGUCCAGAUUACUCAUUCUGGUGAAUAUAAUGGCAAACUGGGAAUGCUUUUGUUUGGAAAUUGUGAUAGAAUGAUAUAAGAAAGAUAUAGUAUUAACAAGGUAUUGAAACAUUAAGGUUUCAUUUUAGAACUAGAGUUGCUGGAGGAGUGAUAGUGCAUGUGUGUACAUAUCAUGCAUAUGCAUGUAAACUAUAUAUAUAAAUAUACAGUUACAUACAUGCAUAUGUGUGCUUUUUUCUUUUGGGUUAUGGAGUCUGAUUUUGUUCUUUCUUUCUUUCUUUCUGUCUUUCUUUCUUUCUUCCUUUCUUUCUUUCUGAAUAAUCAGUUGUGCAGGUAGGACUGUAGUUGGCAUGUUGGAUACAGUGUAUAUAUAUAUAUUUUUUUUUCUUUCUUUUUACUUUUUUUUUCUUUUAAGAUCUGAUUAGUCUUUGACGAUUCUUGAUAAUUAAUUUAAGUUGACAAAGCUUUGGGCUAUGAAGAGAGGUAUUUAAGGUGUCACUCAGUACAGUAAGAAUCAUUAAUCUAGAAUAUAGAGUAAUUUCAUCUUAAGCUCUUUGUGGUAACAUUUUGGUUAUGGGACAGUCCAUCAUAACUCACAUUUCACUUGAGACAUCUUGCACAAGGAUGGAUUAGUAAGACAUUGGGAUCUGGAGAUUUUUGUCAAACAAAUAGUGUGACAUUAUAUUUGUAUUUGUUUGCAUAUGAGAAUAAUCUUUGAUCACUUCCUAUUAUGAAUUUACAAAGCUGAAUAUCAUCAGAUCAGGAUUUUGCUUUAAAAUGUUUGACAUCUACUGCAUUUUCAUAUAUUACAAACUCUUUUGAUAUGAAAAAACAAUGAAAUAAAAUAAAACAAAUAAUUAUCUCAUUGCUUAUGAUUUUAGUAGUAAUUUACAUUUGCUCUAUUUGUUUGAUAAAAAUCCAUAUCAGGUAUGGUAUGUUUUAAAUCUUAUGUCACUGUAAUUCAGUAUUAGAGAGAUGAUUCAUGUAGGCUCAGUCUGUUAAUAAUCAUUCCACUGAAUAUGAUGCACAUCAUCUUUUUCUGGACUGUCUAUUUGUUUAUUAUCUAUAACUAUAUCAUUACUGUUGUCCUUCAGGAGUUAUUAGUAUGAUCAUUCCACAGAACAUAAGUCCACUUCAACUGAAGUUUGAGGAAAUUUUAUUUGACAAAAUGACAUGAAACACUUGUUGACUAUUAUAUCUGCAACUGUAUUCUGAACUGAAAACCUUAAAUAAUCUGAAAUAUUAACAAAGCUGAAAGGAAAGUAUGAGGAAUGUAUGAAUGGAUACUACAUUUAGAAGCGGGCCUACCGCAUAGUAGAAAAGGUUUGAUAAUAGAUUCUUGGAAACAGCAGUCUGAAGAGUCUGAAAAUUGCCAGAGUUAAAUUGUUUGUAUAUACAAUCACUUUAUUUUUGUCCUUAUUUAUAUUUUGGCAUAUGUAUGUAAACUAAUCCCAGUUAUAAAGAUCUUGUACUCCAUUUCUGUGAAACAAUGUACAACAUCCUUGUAUAUGAUUUUAUUCUUGUGUAUGUUGAAAUCAAAGCUGUAGUUUUGGUGCAAGGAUUUGAUGCUUAAACUAAGGGAAGCGUAUUCCACAGUUCAUUUUAUAUAUAUGAUUAUAUGGGUGUGUGAUUCAGCAGUGGAUAAAAGUAUGACCAAAAUGAAUGUGAGGUUCAGCUUCUUUCAGUCCCUUAAGGGUUUAAUAAGGAAUUCUUGAAUAGUUCUCCCAUGCAUUUGUCUAACUUCACCUACAUAUGACAAAUCCUUGUAGGAUAUAAAAAUAAAAGCUGAAAAUAACAGUGUGUAGGAGCAUUUGGUGUUAGUGUAUUGGCUUGUGUACAGUUUAGCUGUUUUAUGCCAGCAGGUUCUUUCUUAUGUCAUCCUAGAAAAGAAGGACAAUAAAAUACAAUUUAG